GUCCUGUCCUUUGCAGCCCGCUCCAUUGCUUCCUUCAGCGCCCUCAUCUUCUGCGCCUGCUAUGGUGUCGCCGCUUCUAUUGUCUUGCGCCUCGUCGGCUAUGGCGGUCUGAGCCAGUGGACCACGGCGCGCGCCUUCAAGUGGACCAUGUGGACUCUCACUGGUGUCGAGUUCAAGGUCACCGACAAGUACGGUGGUCUGAAAGUCCGCCCGGGUAUCCUCAUCGGUAACCACCAGACUGAACUCGAUGUCCUCAUGCUUGGCUGCGUCUUCCCACCCUACACCUCGGUCACUGCAAAGAGCAGUCUGAAAUGGGUCCCCUUCCUCGGUCAAUUCAUGGCCCUCUCCAAGACCGUCUUCAUCAACCGCACCUCUCGCUCUGCCGCACUCGCCGCCUUCUCCCAAGCCGCAGAGACCAUGCACUCUGAGCAACAAUCCGUCUUCAUCUUCCCCGAGGGCACUCGCUCCUACGCAAACACGCCCACCCUCCUCCCAUUCAAGAAGGGCGCUUUCCACCUUGCCGUCCAAGCUCAGGUCCCCAUCGUUCCUGUGGUCGUCGCAAACUACAGCAACAUUCUGGAUGUCAAGAGGAAGAUCUUCAACUCUGGCAGUAUCCCUGUGUCGAUUUUGAAGCCUGUGGAGACCAAGGGCUUGACAAAGGACGAUGUGGAUGCCCUGGUCGAAAGAGUGAACAAAGACAUGGCUGAGGAGUUGGUCAGGAUCACACAGGUUGCU